AUGGCCCUGAAGGGGCUGCACAAAGGGGCAGCUGCUACCUGGAGGCUGUCAGGUUUUAUCGGCUGGUCUCUCCUGCAGCGGGAGUCAGCUCAUUACUUCGGUUACGUAUACUUCAGGCAAGUCAAGGACAGCUCCAUGAAGAGAGGUUAUUUUCAGAAGUCACUGGUGCUGGUGUCACGCCUUCCAUACGUGAACUUGUUCCAGUCCCUGCUGCAGCUGAUUGCUCCGGAAUACUUCGACAAGCUGGAGCCGUGCCUGGAGGCAGUGUGCAAUGAGAUCGAUCAGUGGCCGCCUCCUGUGCCGGGACAGACUCUGAACCUUCCAGUGAUGGGAGUUGUCAUUCAGGUGAGAAUCCCAUCAAGGGUGGAUAAGCCAGGAUCAAGCCCGGUGAAGCAGUUCAAUCAGGAGAAUCUGUUACCAGCCCCACUGGUUCUCCCCAGCAUUCACGAACUGGAUCUCUUCAGGUGUUUCCAGCCGGUGUUAAUUCACAUCCAGAUGCUGUGGGAGCUGAUGUUACUAGGAGAGCCCAUAGUUGUAAUGGCACCAUCCCCUACCGUGUCCUCAGAAAUGGUUCUGGCACUCACCAGCUGCCUUGCUCCUCUGAGGUACUGCUGCGACUACCGCCCCUAUUUCACUAUCCAUGACAGCGAAUUUAAGGAGUACACCACCAGGACACAAGCGCCGCCAAACAUUGUUGUGGGAGUCACAAACCCUUUCUUUAUCAAAACUCUCCAGCACUGGCCGCACAUUCUUCGGGUUGGGGAGCUCAGAAUGUCAGGAGACCUGCCCAAGCAGGUUAAGGUGAAGAAGCUAGCUAAGCUGAAAACUCUAGACACGAAACCAGGAAUCUAUACUUCUUACAAAACAUUCCUUCACAAAGACAAAACCCUGAUAAAGAGAUUACUAAAGGGGAUCCAGCGGAAGCGCCCGUCCGAAGUCCAGAGUGCUCUGCUGAGGCGUCACCUCCUGGAGCUCACCCAGAGCUUCAUUAUUCCCCUGGAGCAUUAUAUUGCAAGUCUGAUGCCUCUGCAGAGGGCCAUUACGCCGUGGAAGGUACGUUCAGUUGUGCAGGGGCUUCUGCUUUCCUUUGUCUGCGGGGACUGGGAAUAGUUAUGCCAUCUGCUGAUCCCAUACUCUGAUACUCUGCAUGAACUUCCCUCGUUGAAGGAAGAGGGUUAUUACUCCUUUAAC